GAAGAUUUUAUUUUCUGAAAUAUUUCCAAAGACUUUUUUAUAAUUAAUUUUAAAAUUUCUGUCUGUAGAACUCCGACUCUUCCUUUUCAUCGCACAUCGAUACUCCAUUGUGAUAUCUUGUUGUGGUUAUUUGUGUCUUCACCAUCCUGAGAUUCUGUGCGGAGUCUGUCCUCUGGAUUUGGUGCAAAGGGAGAGUCAGACCUCGUUGUGGUGCUUAUCGGAAUUAUCGGAUCCCUUCCAGUGUAUAAAUCUGACAUUCCGCCAUGUCUUCAUACAAGUACGACGACAAUGCUGAGCUGGGACAUGGAUUUGGUGAAUUCCAGUUCUCCGAGAAGACAAUCCGUUUGGGCUUCAUUCGGAAGGUGUACGCCAUUCUGUCGAUUCAGCUGCUAAUCAGCGUGGGUUUCAUCGCGCUGUUCUGCUACCAAAAAGAUGUCGCGGAGUUUUCCAGAGCCAAUCCGGGAAUGAUGAUCGGGACGAUGGUGGUGACGUUCGUCGCCGUAAUCGUGCUGGCCUGCUGCGAGGGCGUACGACGUCGAGCGCCGUGGAAUUUCGUCAUUCUGGCGGUUUUUACGCUGUGUGAGUCAUGGAUGCUGGGCAGUAUUGCCAGUUUCUACACCGCCAAUGAAGUACUGCUGGCCGUGGGCAUUGUGGCCGCCAUCACGCUGGCCCUGACACUCUUCGCCAUGCAGACCAAGUACGACUUCACCACCAUGGGCGGUAUGCUGCUGGUCAUGCUGGUGGUGUUUGUGCUCUUCGGGAUCAUUGCGGGGAUUGCCGGUGCACGCGGCAACAAUGUCCUCAACAUCGUCUACGCCUCACUGGGCGCCCUUCUUUUUGGCUUCUACCUGGUAUUCGACACCCAGCUGAUGUUAGGAGGCAAGCACAAGUAUUCCAUUUCUCCGGAGGAGUACAUCUUUGCUGCACUGAAUCUUUACUUGGACAUCAUCAACAUGUUCAUCUACAUUCUGUCCAUCAUCGGCAGUGCAAAUCGCAGUUGAAAAACUGCUCACUUCCGCGUCGGCUGAAUGAGGAAUCUGUUCGCUACGGACGGGAAUAUAUUUUGGUAUUUUGUGCGACUGUUCAUUCGCUUUUAUUUCCUAGUCGGUGAGAAUUGCUUCAAAACACUUUGCUAUCGAAACCCUGGAUAUUGUGUUAUUUUUAUCGGUCUCUGGUUAUAAGGUUAUCCUGUACUAAUUAUUUUGUGUUCCGUCAGGCAGUCGCACUGGUUUUUAAUUACUUCUUGUAUCGAUACAAUUCCGAAUCCGUUGCCCUGUAUGGAAUUAAGUCAAUUAACCCUUUCAUGUUCGAUUUCUGUCGCUGUUCGUGUAGCCCGAUGACAUAUGGUGUUAUUGUUGUACUGUUUUUUUUCGAUUGAUUUUAUGGAUUGUUUAAUAAACAGUGUCCUUGAA